AAUCAUCAAUAUUAUAAUUCAGGCCAAAACUAUGGGCAUAGCCGCAUAGUCUUCUAACAAUUCCAUCAAACAUAAAUAGGAAAGCCUCAAAAAGAGCCCUUUAAAGGCUUAGUUGAGUGCUCAUAUCUUAUCUCUCAAUUCUUGUAACGUAAUUGUGCAAUCUUAGCCAUGUUAGACAACAAGUCGAACUCGAUCUUGAGAUCGUUAAUCUCCGGCAAUAAAUUCGGGCUAAAGAAAUAUGGCUCUGGUGGUGUGGGAUUAGGCAUUGUGGCUGCCCUCGAUAAAUCUUGUGAGGGUAAUCUAGCCUUGUGUGGUCGGAAUUUGAAUCGAUCCGACCCAGUUCAGGUCAAUUCACCCAAGAAUUCGUCGAGAUUUAGGGGUGGUUUAGAGGACAAUUUGGAGGAGGAUUACACUAUAGUGACCCGUCAUGGUCCGAACAAGUCCUAUACUAGGAUGUAUUUUGAUGGAGAUGAACAUGGCAGAAAAGGUGAUGACAGAACCCCCUUCAGAAUACAACACAAUAAUAUAAAGACUAUAAGGGCAAGCGUUUUCGAGAUAUCUCCGGCGAGAUCCAUAGAAGCUGCUGAAUUUCCGGCUUCUGAUUUUCUCAGUUCAUGUCAUAUGUGCCAGAAGAAACUCCAUGGCAAAGAUAUAUACAUGUACAGGGGUGAGAAAGCAUUCUGCAGCACAGAAUGUAGAUACAGACAAAUAGUGAUGGACGAGCGCAAAGAAAAAUGCAGAUCUGAAGCUUCAAGAUCUGUUGAUGUUUCAAAUUCACCUUAUACAAAUGAAACAAUAUUUUCAACUGGAAUUCUGGCAAUUUAGACUGAAUAAAUGGCUUCAAGAUUCUCUAGCCAUUAUAUAUAUGAUUAGUAUAUACAUAUGGUACAACUUAUUUUCUUUGCUUUUAAACCAAAUUUUGGGAGAACUUUAUGCAAAUGAGUUAGUUAAUUUUUAACUUUGAUUAUCAGUUCUUGGU